AUGGUCUUCUGUAUCAUCGUAGGUUGCAGUUCAAAAAGCGGUAAACACAAAGUAAGCUUUAAUCGAAUACCUAAGAUAGUUUUUAACCAGGGUGAAGACUACGAAGAGCUCACUAGAGAGCGUAGAAGGCUUUGGAUAUCCGCCAUUAGCAGAGACGAUCUCGAAUCGAAAGACGUCCUCGAGAGUGAAAGAGUUUGCGGUCGUYAUUUCGUCACAGGAAAACCAGCAGCUCCGUGGGAUAAGUACUACGUCCAUUGGAUCCCGACUUGUAACUUAAGCAAGAAGGAUUUUGAGCGAAGUGAAGUGAAGGAAAGGCAGAAGGACGAAGCGAAGGCAAGGGUAGAGAGGUCAAAGGAACGCAGGAAACGGAACAUUGAAAGUCAGGAAAUAGAAGCCGCUAAGAAGAAGAAAGCCCUCGAAGAACAUUCAGAAAGUGAUGGAGACGUCUUACGGGACAUUGAGUUUGACACAACAGAUACUUUUGAUAUAGACUCCGUUUGUAAAGAUACAAACGUUGCUUCUGCUGGUCCGUUGCUUGCUGAGAAAGAAGUUUCUGAAACACAUACAUGUACGGAAGUCAAAGGCGUUUGCGAUGUUUGUGGAAGUUGCUUGUCCAAGAAGGCUACAAGAACUGUAGAAACUCAAACUGAAGAAUUCGAUUAUAUGUUCAAGGAAAACAGUUAUAAAGCGCCAGAUGUGGAAUUUUUUAAGGAGGACGAAAGAGUACGUUUUUAUACCGGACUGCCAUCAUUUGAAGUACUUCAAAUUGUUUAUGACCAUGUUGUCUCUCAUGUUGCAAGGAGUCGUCGAUGUACAUCACUUUCAAGUUUUCAAGAAUUUAUGAUAGUACUCAUAAAACUUCGUCUGAACGCUCCCUUUCAAGACAUUGCCUAUCGUUUUCAAGUUUCYAUGUCGACRGUGUCAAKGAUAUUCUCGUCGUGGAUGCAAGUUAUGGACUCUAGACUCUCAUGUUUUAUUCACUGGCCUGAGAGAGCCYAGCUAUGGAAAACCAUGCCCCUAUGUUUUCUUUAUACAUUUGGACGGAGGGUCACUAUUAUAAUUSACUGCUUUGAAGUCUUCAUUGASAAGCCCUCUAAUUUACAAGCACGUGCAAAGACCUUCUCAUCAUAUAAACACCAUAACACAAUCAAAGUUCUGAUUGGGAUCACACCCYAAGGAACCAYUGCSUUUGUCUCAGAAGCAUGGGGAGGGAGGACCUCCGACAAAUUCAUCACAGAAAACUGUGGAUUUUUAGAGAAGUUAACACCAGGAGAUACAGUAAUGGCUGAUCGUGGCUUCACCAUUUCAGAGAGUGUUGGGCUAGCAAGGGGAAGCCUUCUUAUCCCUGCAUUCACAAAAGGGAAAUCUCAACUUGAUCCCGUCGAUGUGAAAAAGUCAAGAGGCAUAGCAAGUGUGCGGAUACAUGUUGAGAGAGUCAUUGGACUUCUGCGCCGCAAAUACACAAUACUGAAGGGAAUACUUCCCACAGACUUUUUAGUGUGUAAUAGAAAGUGCAAUCCACAUCAAGUACCUUUGAUCGACCAAAUCUUAAGAGUUUGCUCUGCACUUGUCAAUUUUUGCCCUCCAAUAGUUCCUUUCGAAUAG